AUGUCAGCGGAUGACCAGCAGUUCCUGGACGUCCUGUCCUCGCUGCCCAACCAGAUCCGCCGAUACUCCGACGACCUCGCGAACCUCAUCAACCCGCAUGUAGACAAGGCUGCGCAGGCCGUUAGAGAGACCCUUGCGUCCACAGAAUGGCUGCCCGACUCGGUGCGGCCGAAGCCCCCCGUCCGCCAUGUUCCCAUCGAGGUGAUAGCCAUGGGCCGCUACGAGAGGAUCCACGGCUGGGUGAAAGAGCACAAGCUCCUGACCGGCGUCAUCGUCGCUGUAGUAGGAGUCGUCGCCUACCGGUCAUACAGGAGUAGCAGGUUCUGCAAGAAGACGCGCCGGGCGAGACGAGCUAGGAAUGGUGGACGCCUUGAGGUUGUCGUCAUCGCUGGAUCGCCAGCUCUGCCCUUGACGAGGUCGCUAUCUCUGGACUUUGAGAGAAGAGGGUUCAUCGUCUACGUCGUAUGCAACGCUGAGGAAGACGAGAGCAUGGUGCACAGCUUGGCGAGGCCGGAUAUCUUGCCUCUGACCAUCGACACUACGGAUCUUUGCGCAGUACCUCCAGUCACCCCACGCCCCGGCACCUCGGACAAGACCCAACCACCUGCAGCUGAAAUCCGUCAUCCUCAUCCCUUCGCUCAACUAUCAGACGUCACCCAUCGCCACCAUCCCGCUUCCAGCUUUGCAGACCUCUUCAACACCCACCUUCUCCACCCCAUCCUUACUAUUCAGGCCUUCCUGCCGCUCCUGACGACACGUCUGAGCCCGCCCGGAGAGAAGUGGACACCGCCGAAGGUGCUCGUCUUCACGCCGUCCAUCAUCUCCUCCAUCAACCCCCCCUUCCACGCCCCCGAGGCUACCGUCUCAUCCGCCCUGUCAGCCUUCACCGAAGUUUUGACGGCGGAGCUGCGGCCCUUGGGUAUCCCAGUAACUCACAUGCAGCUGGGUACUUUCGACUUCACAGGCUUCCAGCCCGCGAAGCACACCCACCCUUCCCAAAGAGGCCUCCUCGAGGGCGCACCCGGCAUCGACGCCGAUGCUACCGAGACUCUCAUGUGGCCCGAGAACGCCCGUCACGCAUACGGACGCAACUUCGUCAUGCAGAGCACCUCCGCCAUCUCCGCCGGCCGCAUCCGUGGUCUGAAGGGAAGCUCUCUCCGUCAGCUGCACAACGCCGUCUUUGACGUCAUCGAUGGCUCUAUUACCAGCGGCACUGUCCGUGUCGGUCUUGGCGCCAGCGUCUACGGCUUUGUCGGCCGAUGGGUACCACGUGGUCUGGUCUCGUGGAUGAUGGGCAUCCGCCGCGUUGACGAGCUGUCUGCGUGGCAGACUAGCUCCUACGACGGCUCGCUCGAUGGAAGUGAGAACGAGGAAGGUCAGGACUUUGUUGCGGUUCCGGACGAGAAGUUGGACAGCAACGUUUGGAAGUCGUCCUAG